ACAUGAAGAAGCCUUUGGGAUCCCAGCCGAGGGGAAGCUGCAGGACUGGCCCGCUCCAGGCCUCUUCACCUGGCUCCCUCCCCGUAGGCCGCUCCCACUGGGGGCCCACUGUGCCACGCUCCUUCCUGACCCCGAGCCCUGAGCCCUGGCUCGCUCUCCACUCUGCACCCUGGGACCCUUUCCUCAGGCUGCUGAGCAAGAUUGAGCUCCUGAAGUGGUUUCCUGGGGCUGGGGCAGGUUGGGGGCGCUGGGGGCUGCAGAGGCCCCUCCCUGCCUCUGCUCUGCUGCUCCCUCCCCUGCUCUGUUGGGGAAGGUGUUUGGCAGAUGAGCCAGAAACCACCUCUUCUGGCGGUUGGUGCUUGGGCUUGUCCAGGGGGAAAGUGACGCUGAGGCAGCUCAGAAGCUGCAGGCCCUGGCCAGGCCCUGCCCUGCUCACCGAGAGUGUGUCUGUGUGUCUGUCUCUGUCCUCCAGGUCUCCGCCCCUCUGUAUGUCUGUCCAUGCGGACGUGGGGUGGGGAGGGUGUCUGAAUUCCUCUGGGUCUCAGCUUCUCUUUCUCUGCCCCCCCCCCCCAGGUCUUUUGCAGAGGCUGUGUGACUUUCUUUGCUCCUUAGCGUUGCUCUGCCUCUGCCCCUUUCUUGGGGUGCCUUACCCCCAGCCUCUUCCCCUCACUCCCCCCUCCUUGGCCUGUGCACCCUGUUCCUCCCCCAGCCCUGGGCUCCCGGGUCCCUCCAACUGGGGGGGAGCCCACAGUGCCUCACUAGAGGGCCCUGAACCUGCCCCCAUCCCCCGAAACCUUGGAAACCAAAAGCUGCUGAGAAACCCGUCAGGCUUUGAGCCUCUUACCCUCCUUCCUGCCCAGGGAUGUUGGAGGGAGAGGGAGAGCCAAGUCUUCCGGAGCUUUCCCCGAAGGAAAAGGGCUACGGUGGUGCUGUCCCAGGGUUUGGGAUCCUAGUGCUUCAGAAGAGGCGUCACUCCUGUGGCUUCCAGGGCCCAUUCCAGGGAGGCGAGUCCCAUGAAGGGCAAACGGGACCAAAGGGAGCCUCCCUGGGCCAGGCGGAGCUGAGCCCAGAGGCCCUGGGUCCUGUUGGCCAGGGGAGCUGCGUGGCCCCCCCAGCAGGCUGAAGGAGGUGCUGGCCCUUCUCUGGUCACCUGCUUGGGGGCAGGUGCACUUAGAGCAGGAGCUGCUGGCUGUGCCCACUGCUGGGCAGUGGGAGGAGCUCGCUUACUCUGGUCAGGUCCCCUCCUUUUGUAAGGAGGCCUAUGGUUUGGGUCUGGGGGGCUGGGUAGUGGAGCCAGGGUCCUCAAAUCCUCAAACGGCUGGCAGGUGCCCUGCUGCCCACAUAGGUGAGGCUUUGGGCCAGGAACUGCUUCCCCCAGACAGCUCCUCCUGUCCCUUGGAUGCUGCUGGGACUUCCUGCACUUGCCUUUUUACCACCUCCUCUCAUAACAGUUUUUGGGAGAUUUUUACUAUUUAUUCAGACUGCUGGUUAUUUAUUGCAGAUUGGAAAGUGCUUGGUUUGGGGGUGAGGGAGGGGCUGGAAGGUAGAAAAGAAUUGGGACUCAGCAUCCUGUCCCCCAACUCUGGAGCCCUCCCGGUUCUCCAGCUCAUCCUGGCUGGGAGCACGCUGAGCUCUGUACUAGAACUGAGCCUAAGGGAGACUUCGCGACCCCUGCCCGGACAGGACAGCGAGGCGUCCCGCCAGCCCGCCCACCUUCCCAGAGCUUGUCGGCGCCUGUUCAGCUCCAGCUCAACUGCACAGCCAGAGGCUUGGCCACAGCCUGGGGCCCAGCAGACACUGCCCAGCUCCCGAACAUUCAUCCCUCCCGCCUGUCCCCUUGCCUUCCCGGGGAGCCUGGGGCCCUACUACUUGAAUCACUGCAUCUAAUUUGCCUCGGAGGCAGGCCUGAGUCCAGUGUUUUCUCCUCGACUUUGGGAUGAAGGUCAGGAGCACAGGGACCAUGCCUGGGUUUGAGAAAAGGACCUGCCCGUGGCAAUUCCCCCUCCACCCCAGACACCCGGAGUGCCCAAGCUUCCUGCGUGGGAAGCUGCCCACAGGGAUUGGACACUCACUGUAUGAGUUCAGCAGGUCUCACUCCAGGGGUUCAGAGUGUCGGUCUGCUUUUUUUUUUUUAAAUCAGUUUUGUUUCUUGAAUCAAUGCUGUUGAUGACAAGUUGUCUUUAAUAAAUCAUGUGUUCUUUGCA